AUGUCUAUUCUCAUACACACCACUCCUGAAAGGUUUGUCGUCGUAUACACCACUCCUGAAAGGCCUGUCCUCGCAUACACAACACUCCUGAAAGGUCUGUCCUCGUAUACACCACUCCUGAAAGGUCUGUCCUCAUACACGCCACUCCUGAAAGGCAUGUCCUCAUACACACCACUCCUGAAAGGCUUGUCCUCAUACACACCACUCCUGAAAGGUCUGUCCUCGUACACACCACUCCUGAAAGGCUUGUCCUCAUACACACCACUCCUGAAAGGCCUGUCUCCGUAUACACCAUUCCUGACAGGUCUGUCCUCAUACACACCACUCCUGAAAGGUCUAUCCUCAUACACACCACUCCUGAAAGGCUUGUCCUCAUACACACCACUCCUGAAAGGUCUGUCCUCAUACACACCACUCCUGAAAGGUCAGUCCUCAUACACACCACUCAUGACAGGCCUGUCCUCAUACACACCACUCCAGAAAGGUCUAUCCUCAUACACACCACUCCUGAAAGGCUUGUCCUCAUACACACCACGCCUGAAAGGCCUGUAUUCGUACACAGCAUUCCUGACAGGUCUGUCCUCAUACACACCACUCCUGAAAGGUCUGUCCUCAUACACACCACUCCUGAAAGGUAUGUCCUCAUACACACCACUCCUGACAGGCCUGUCCUCAUACACACCACUCCUGAAAGGUCUGUCCUCAUACACACCACUCCUGAAAGGCUUGUCCUCAUACACACCACUCCUGAAAGGCCUGUAUUCGUAUACAGCAUUCCUGACAGGUCUGUCCUCAUACACACCACUCCUGAAAGGUCAGUCCUCAUACACACCACUCCUGACAGGCCGGUCUUCAUACACACCACUCCUGAAAGGCCUGUCUUCAUACACACCACUCCUGACAGGCCUGUCCUCAUACACACCACUCCUGAAAGGUCAGUCCUCAUACACGCCACUCCUGAAAGGUCUGUCCUCGUACACGCCACUCCUGAAAGGCUUGUCCACAUGCACACCACUCCUGAAAGGCCUGUCCUCGUACACACCAGACCUGACAGGUCUGUCCUAA